AUGGCCUUCAACUUCAACUGGUCUCCACUGUCUACCGACGCCGGUUUCCUGCCGCGCGCACAAGAACUCCUCACCAAUGCCCUCAAUCGAGCCGACCCUAAGCCUGCGAUCAUUGUCGACGACAUCAUUGUCAAUGAACUCAAUCUAGGAGAUGUUCCCCCCGAACUGGAGAUCUUGGAGAUUGGGGAUCUGGCCGAGGAUAGGUUUCGCGGCACGUUUAAGAUGAUGUAUAAUGGGAAUGCGUAUCUCACCCUGAAGACAAAAGUACAAGCAAACCCAUUGAACACAUACCUGCGCACUCGCUCGGCAUUUGCCACACCACGACCUCUGGCUGCCGACACUGGCCUGACUAUACCACUACAAAUCACUUUGUCCGAGUUUCGCCUGUCCGGAUUCAUCAUUCUUGUCUUCUCACGACAAAAGGGAUUGACGCUCGUCUUUCGAAAUGACCCUCUGGAGUCUUUACGCGUAUCGUCGACCUUCGACUCCAUACCUUUCGUUGCAAACUUCCUGCAAAAAGAAAUUGAAACUCAGCUGCGAGGUCUUUUGAUGGACGAGUUACCUGCCAUCAUCCACCGACUUUCCCUGCAGUUGCUAGUGCCAGAGGAUAAAGCGCGCGAAGAGCGUCAGCUUGGGGCCACACAGAUAUCAAAGGAUGAAGUUGUCAUUGAUCCGUUGGCGAGUCCACCACAGGACCCAGUCGACUCUACCGGGGCUGUAUUGACCCCGGCAGAAGUCGCAUCUUUAUCUUUGGAUUCGUCGGUCGAAACUCAGUCAUUGUUUUCGCGAAAGAACCUGUUACGAUUAGCUACCUUGACCGAUUCACAUCGCACAUUGUCUUUGUUCACUCCAUCCAUUCGAGAUGCCGUCUUUCGAGCCUGGACUGGUCCAUUGGAACGAGGGGAGAUGACGGGGCUUUUGACCAGGACGACGACCCCGACCCUGUCUCGAAGCCACUCGUAUGCUGGAAGUCUUAGUACGUCGACGGCAUACACGCUUGAUAGCGGCUGGUCUCGCCCUCCCUUAUCGAGCUUUGCAUUUUCGAGUUAUGGUUUGAGCAUGGGAGGUGGAAGACACGGCCAAGGCCACCGAGCACGCAAGAGGAAGAAGCGUGUGGUUGACCUGCGGCCUCACCCAGAAACUGGGGAACCUGAAAUGGUCGUCGAAGAGGGUUCAACAGCUGAUUCUGCCAGUGUGUCGGAAAGCACAUCGACUGCACCCUCGGUCUUCUCAGCACCUGCCGCCACCAUGUCUUCUGAUCCAACUCAAGGUCUCAAUCCUGUCACCCCGCCCAGAAGCCCGGUUGCCAUCAAACGAACAGGAACGUUUGGACCGGUCCUUCCGGGAGGGAUGCGUAGUGUCAGUGAAGGCACGCCCGCACCUGACCCGACUAUUCAGGUUGAGGGACUACCGUCGGACAUUCACCAAACUCCGCGAGCCAAAGAUCCCGACGCCACAAUUCGGAUUCGAACUCAAAGAAUACUUCCCGCAUCUUUCGACGAUGACGAGACACCUCGAGCUUCGAUGUAUGUACUAGAUCAGAAAGAGCCGCCUGUCCUUCAACAGGCGACCGAGCCUAAGGCUGUCGCCAGGGAGAAACCCGAGCUCCACUCCACGCCAGGCCCGUCGCGGCCAGCCCUCUCGAAUUUUCUUCAUUUUGUCGCCGACCAGUCUAACGCAGGCAGCAUUGCGGAGCGUGCCUGGAUGAUGAAAAUGGCGACUGAAAUGGCGCAGCGAUAUGAAGAGGAAAGACUUAAAGGCAGCUUUGGACCGGUGGCUCGUGAGGAAGAAGCAAACCCUCCUCCAGCGUAUGCGCGAUGA